AUGACGACUUCUAACUGUGCGGUCGAGCUGCAACCGCUGCAGAUUCCUGCACCGACAAAGCAGGUAGACUACGACCACAAGGCAGGCCGUCCGGAAUCCUUUGCCGGCAACGGCCAGAGACUGGUAGACGAGUGCGCAACGCCAGACGAUGCUCCGCCAGGUGCCGUCUCGGCGCUGCAACGAUGGAACCAUCCUCGCGGCAACGUAUCUCGUGUUGCUGCGUGUUUCUGGUGCUUUCUGGUCAUGGGAGCCAACGACGCUGCCUAUGGACCUCUUCUCCAAUCUCUCAUCAGCUACUACGAUCUGACUUAUACUGUCGUCUCGCUCGUCUUCCUCUCCCCGGUUGUAGGCUAUAUUAGUUCGGCGCUGCUCAACAAUCACCUGCAUCUCAAGAUUGGCCAGCGCGGUAUCGCCAUCUUGGGCGGUUUGAGCCACAUUCUCGCGUACAUCGUCAUUGCGACGCACCCGCCCUUUGUCGCGCUCGUGUUUGCCUUUAUGCUGGCGGGCUUCGGCAACGGCAUCUACGACGCAGCGUGGAACGCAUGGGUGGGAAAUCUCGACAAGUCCAGCGAGCUGCUGGGCUUCUUGCACGCCUUUUAUGGAAUUGGCGGUGUGAUAAGCCCUUUCAUCUCGACGGCCAUGAUAACCAAGGGUGGCCUCUCUUGGUAUGCGUUCUACUAUAUAAUGAUCGGCAUCGCCGGAGUUGAAUUAGUCUCUCUAACAGCAGCAUUCUGGAAAUCCACUGGGCCUGUUUACCAAGCCGCCUAUAAAGAGUCUCAACAAACACAGAUCAGACAUGAGACUGGCCUUGGCGAAGCUCUGUUUAAGAAGCCAGCGGCACGUGUAUCUUGGGUCUCUGCGCUCUUCCUGCUGUUGUAUGUUGGUGUAGAAGUUGCUCUUGGAGGUUGGAUCGUGACUUUUAUGAGCAAAGUUCGCAAGCAAGACGACUUUUCCAGUGGAAUGUCGGCAGCUGGCUUCUGGCUUGGCAUUACGUUUGGCCGUGCGAUACUGGGCUUUGUGACCCCCAAGAUUGGUGUCAAGCUGGCCAUGUCGAUAUACAUUGGCUGCGCCGCUGCACUUGAGCUCAUUUUCUGGCUUGUGCCCCAAUUCAUCGUUUCUGCCGUUGCCGUUUCGCUACAGGGCUUCUUCCUUGGCCCCAUGUUUCCCGGUGUUGUUUUGGUUGCCAGUAAGCUGCUCCCUAAGCACCUGCAUGUAGUCGUUAUUGGUUUUGCCGCAGCCUUCGGCGGAUGCGGUGCAGCCAUUUUGCCAUUCGUGACAGGUCUGCUGGUGCAGGGAUCCGGCCCGACCGUACUGCAACCGAUCAUUCUUGCCCUGUUGGUGGUGAUGCUCGUUGUUUGGCUGCUUCUGCCGCGAAUCGACAAGAAGCGCGACUAA